GCCGUAAUAAUAUAACCCAUACAUGGUUGUUGUAAGUAUAAUUUAAUUGUAUUUCCGUUUAAGUGUAUGCAAGUUUUGAGAGUAAAAUUUGAUUUAGAACUGUAUCAAAAUAUUCGCGCCACGCAACAGCAAUUCGCUCAAUUCUAUCGGAGGUGUUUCAUACCAGGUCCGCUUUGAAUGUAUAAGUAUCGGCUGAUUUAGUCAUCUAGUACAGUUCUAACUUGUAAGCCUAUUGUCGAAGUUUUGUCGGUAGUGAACAUCUUGUCACAAAAUGACUGAACAAACCAAAGCUAAGAAAAAGGCUGCGCCUAAAAAGCCAGCAUCUCAUCCUACUUACAUUGAGAUGAUCACUGCUGCCAUAGGUGCUUUGAAAGAAAGAAAUGGUUCUUCUCGUCAGGCAAUCGCCAAGUACAUUCAAGCCAACUACAAGGUUGAUGCUGGUAACAUGAACACCCACCUGAAGAUGGCUUUAAAACGUGGUGUCGAUAGCGGAAAACUAGCCCAACCUAAAGGCACAGGCGCCAGCGGAUCGUUCAAAUUGAACCAGGCUGCAGCCAAGGCAGAUGCUGCUGCAAAGGCAAAGAAAGAAAAAGCUAAGAAGAAAGCAGUAGCAGAUAAAGAAAAGAAAGCAGCAAAGAAAGCUACUAAAAAGGCUAAGAAACCAGCUGCCAAGAAGGCUAAAAAGCCAGCGAAGAAGGCUUCCAAGUCACCAAAGAAGGCAAAAAAAUCGGAGAAGAAAGCGGCCAAGCCAAAGAAGGCGAAGUCUCCCAAGAAGGCCAAGGCUAAAAAGCCAAAGGCAAAGAAGGCUACCAAGUCUCCAAAGAAAUCUAAGAAGUAGACGGUGUAUUUCUCAACCCAAACGGCUCUUUUCAGAGCCACCAUUUGAACAAAAGAGAACGAUAGUUUUUCUGUUCACAGAAAUAACAGAUGAGUUUACAGUAUACUAAGUAUUAAUAUGAUUAAAGGUUUUUUCUGUUACAUUUUUCACAGAUACAUCUGAAUUUUUAAAUUUAGAUAUUUCAUUUUUAACAUAAAUUACAUUACAAAUUAUCUAGCGUUCUGAUUAGUACAACCUUUUCCUUAAAAAUCACACUUGUAUUUCACAUUUCAUUUCAGAAUAUCUUGUGACAAAACACUAAUGUUGUUCAAAUAUAAUUACAGUAUCGAUGAAAAGAGGUUCAAAUAACGGCUCCUUAAUACAGAAGUCAUUUCUUGAUAAUGUACAGUAUUUAUAUGCUAUACAGUAUAUUUUUCUACACAAAUCUACAACUCCGUCCACUUCAUGCUGAUUAUUAUUUGUGACAUGUAUCACCCGUAUAUUUUAUUA